AUGGGCGACGGCGUGAGACAGGAAAACAAUGACGAAGAAGAGGAAGAGGAGGAGGAAUACACUCCGGCACCGACACGCUCUGUGCGUCACAACAAGAAUGCGCCCUCGCAAGAGUCAGCUACACCGCAGACGGCUACUCGCACACGCCGCAACCCUGCUGCCGACUCGUCGGUCCUAGAAGAUGCGACCUCACCCACCAAGCCCAAGCGUCGGACUGCGAAGACGGCUCGUACUGUGCGCAAGAGUCGCGUAUCUACCUCCGUUGUGUCCGACGUGGAGGCCUCCAUCAUGUCAACCCCUCGGCCAACCACUCCUCCCACUUCGCAACAACACAAGCGCGCUACGCCUCUUGCCGACAUCACUGAGACGGCUGUCAACGACCAAACUCCUCGUGCUCAGACCAGGCCCCCCCCGUCCAGCCAGGUCCACAAGGUCGAUACCAACACAACACUACUGGAGAAGCCCAUGGACAUCGUCGUGCGUACCAGAGCUGCCGCUACUAUGCCUGCUUCAAGCGCCCCUGCAGAGCCCCGAUCGCGUACCGUCAUUACCCAUCUCGUUCUCAAGAACUUCAAGAGCUAUGCGGGCCGCCAGGAAGUUGGCCCGUUCCAUGCCUCGUUCUCUUCUGUGGUCGGUCCCAAUGGCUCGGGCAAAUCAAACGUAAUCGACUCGUUGCUUUUCGUGUUUGGCUUCCGUGCGAGCAAAAUGCGUCAGGGCAAGAUUUCUGCUCUAAUCCACAACUCCGCUGCCUAUCCUGAUCUGGAUCAUUGCGAGGUCGAGGUCCACUUCCAGCAAGUUAUGGAUCUUCCAGCCGGUGGUCACAACGUUGUCGCGGACUCUCAGCUUGUGAUCUCGAGACGUGCCUUCAAGAACAACGCGAGCAAAUACUACAUCAAUGGCCGCGAGUCGAACUUCACCGCCGUCACUACAUUACUGCGCGACCGCGGUGUCGAUCUCGACCACAAACGCUUCCUGAUCUUGCAAGGUGAAGUGGAGUCUAUUGCACAGAUGAAGCCAAAAGCCGCUGGCGAGCACGACGACGGUCUUCUGGAAUACCUCGAGGACAUCAUUGGUACCUCCAAAUACAAGACUCCGAUCGACGAGGCCGCCACUGAGACGGAAGCGCUCAACGAGGUAUGCGCCGAGAAGAACACCAGAGUACAACACGUCGAGAAGGAGAGAAACGCCCUGGAGGACAAGAAGGACAAGGCGCUUGCUUUCAUCCGCGAUGAGAACGAAUUGGCAUCGAAGCAAUCCGCCUUGUAUCAAAUAUACAUCAACGAAUGCUCCGAUAACGUCACUGUAACCGAGGAGGCCGUCCAGCAACUCCAGCAGCACCUCGAUGCGGAGUUGGAGAAGCACAAAGGCAACCAAGCAGAAAUCAAACAACUGCAGAGACAGCACAGCACUACGGCCAAAGAAUACGAGCGCAUGUCUGAGACUACACAAUCCGUCCUGAGGGAAAUGGCAAAACUCGACAAGGAAACUGUCAAGCAUGCAGAGAAGAAGAAGUUCCUCGCCAACAAGGCCAAGAAGCUUUCCAAGACAGCAGAAGAUAGCAAGUUUGCUAUGACUGGAGCCAGCACACAGGCGACGCAGGCCGAGGAUGAUGUCAAGAGAAACGCGCAAUCUAUAGCUACCAUGGAAGCAGAGAUGCAGCAAGAAGAGUCACGUCUGGCACAGAUUAGGGAGAGUCUCAAGGGAAAGACUCAAGGCAUCUCGGACGAAAUUGCAACCAAGCAGAAGACUCUGGAGCCCUGGAAAGCAAAAGUCAAUGAGAAGCAGUCUUCUAUAUCCGUUGCUCAAAGUGAGCUUGAUAUCCUCAGGGAAAGAGGCAAUGCUGGAGCGAACGCAGUUCAGGAUAUUGAAUCCAAGAUCACGACACUCUAUGAGACUCGCGAAGCCAAAGUGGUGGAGUACAAGGAUUGCAAGCGAGAACGAAGAUUGAUCGAGCAGUCUGUGCAAGAAGCGCAGGCUGAAGCCGAUCGUCUGACAUCACAGGAACCCGCAUUGCGAUCCAAACUCUCGGGCGCCAGACAAAAGGCGGAUGAAGCACGAGCAAGCUUGGCUGCUACACAGACGCAAGGUAACGUCCUUACUGGUCUCAUGCGUCUCAAAGAGUCUGGCAGAAUCGAUGGCUUCCACGGACGCCUCGGCAAUCUGGGUGCCAUUGAUGCAAGAUUUGAUGUAGCGAUAUCUACCGCAUGCCCUUCCCUCGACAACCUCGUGGUCGACUCUGUAGAAGUCGGUCAACAAUGCAUCGAGUAUCUUCGCAAGAACGACCUCGGACGCGCCAAUUUUAUCCUCCUUGAUCGCCUACCGCAACGGGAUUUGUCUGCCAUACAAACGCCUGAGAACGUGCCUCGACUCUACGACCUUGUCAAACCGAAGCAUGAUCGUUACAACCCCGCCUUUUACAGUGUACUUCAGAACACACUCGUUGCUAAGGAUCUCGAACAAGCGAACCGAAUCGCGUACGGUGCCAAACGAUGGAGGGUUGUUACGCUCGACGGCCAAUUAAUUGACAAAUCGGGUACUAUGAGUGGAGGUGGUACAAGAGUCGCCAAGGGUGCCAUGUCUUCCAAGGUUGUAGCCGACGUGACUAAGGAUCAGGUCGCUAAAUUAGAGGUUGACCGCGAUGCUCUCGAGGAGACGUUUGGACAGUUCCAGCUACAAUCUCAACAACUCGAGGCUCGCCUCAGACAACUGCAAGAUCGGAUUCCGGAACUUGAAACUCAAGCUUCGAAGCUGAGGCUAGAAGUCGAAAGUCUGGACCGUAACAUUGCUGAUGCCGAAACAAGACUCGAAGAGCUCAAGACUGAGAGCCAAUCUUCACCGACAGAUAACAGGCGUAUCUCUGAGCUCGAAAAGCUCAUCAAGACGCUUGAGAGGGAGACUGAGAAACUAUCAUCCGAAACCACCGGUAUCGAAGAGGAAAUCAAAGCACUGCAAGACAGAAUCAUGGAAGUUGGCGGUGUGCAGCUCCGUACUCAGAAGGCCAAGGUCGACGGUCUCAAAGAACAGAUAGACCAUCGCAUGGAAGAGAUGUCAAAUGCGGAGAUUAAUAAAGCUAAGGCUGACAAGCAAAGAUCUAAGCACGAAAAGACGUACAACGACGCACAAUCCGAACUGGAAAAGCUGACGGCUGAUUCGGAGAAGGUCGAAGACGAGAUUAGAGAGCAGACCAGAAGUACUGCAGGAUUUCGCAAGGAGGCAGAGGAAGCUCAAGAGGCAUUGGAGACCAAGAAAGAAGAACUCGAAGCUCUCAAAACAGAGCUCGAUGCCCAAACAGCCAUUAUGAACGAGACUCGCGGCAUUGAGAUCGAGAUGCGAAACAAACUUGAAGAGAAUCAGAAGAUCAUGGUCGAAAAUCAGAAACGCUUACGAUAUUGGCAGGAGAAGCUGUCAAAGCUUACUGUCCAAAACAUUGGGGACGAUGGAGAAGAACUCGAACCUCUUCCCAUGGCACAGUACACCCGAGAUGAACUCGAAGACAUGUCAAAAGACGAGCUCAAGGCCUCGAUCGCGCUGCUUGAAGAAUCGACAUCUCAGGCAGUCGAGCUUUCCGUCUUGGCUGAAUACCGUCGACGAGUCUCUGAACAUACAUCACGCUUGACUGACCUCAACGAAGCUUUGACUGGUCGUGACUCGGCAAAGAAACGUCUUGAUGAUCUCAGACGCAUGCGUCUCGAAGGCUUCAUGGAGGGAUUCUCAACCAUUUCCAUGCGACUCAAAGAAAUGUACCAAAUGAUCACCAUGGGUGGUAACGCGGAGCUUGAGCUCGUUGACAGUCUCGACCCUUUCAGCGAAGGCAUCUUGUUCAGUGUCAUGCCACCGAAAAAGAGUUGGAAGAACAUCAGCAACUUGUCUGGUGGAGAAAAGACACUAAGUUCAUUGGCACUGGUUUUCGCUCUGCACCAUUACAAGCCAACACCGCUGUAUGUCAUGGAUGAGAUUGAUGCUGCUCUUGACUUCCGCAAUGUUUCGAUUGUUGCCAGUUAUAUCAAGGAGCGAACCAAGAAUGCUCAGUUCAUUGUCAUUUCUCUCAGAAAUAACAUGUUUGAGCUGGCUGCUAGACUGGUUGGUGUUUACAAGGUCAAUCAUAUGACAAAAAGUGUUACGAUCGAGAACAAAGAUUAUAUUCAAGCCACUGCUACAUGA